AUGGCCCAGAGGUUAAAGGAAUCUGCCGACGCCAGUCUUUAUGACGAGUUGCUAAGCAACUACAGACCGGAGUUACGUCCAGUGGCCUCUAAGCUGGACAAGGUCUCCAUACAGCUGCGAGUUGCCCUGGCUUCUAUUAUCAGCCUGGACUCUAGGGAACAAUCCUUGACGUCAUCUAGCUUCAUCACGCUGGCCUGGAAUGAUUCGCGACUUGUGUGGAACGUCACAGACCAAUGGUGUCCGGUAGACGUCCGAAAGUUCCCCAAGGACACUCAAGUUUGCAGCAUUGUCUUCAACUUGAAGAAUUCUGACUUUGAUAACGUCACUUUCUACCCUGAAGCACUGUAUACCCUGGACGCUUACAGAGACAGCAACGAUUGGCAGCUCGGCGACGUGAAGAUGGAGCUGGUUUUCGAUGAUUUCCAAACCAUGGAGAUGCAGUGUUUUGUUAUGUCUUUGACCUUGCACCGCCAGUCCCUGUUUCACAUGCUGACUCACGUGGCCCCAGUGGUGGUUCUGAGCCAGUUGAACCCGUUCGUCCUCCUCCUCCCGUUACACCACGGCGAACGUCUCUCGUUCUCCGUGUCGCUGCUCUUGUCCAACAGCGUGUUUCUCGCCGCCAUUGGGGAUACACUGCCCAGUACCACCAGGCACGUGAGCAACCUGGGAGUGUAUGGCGCAGCCUGCAUGACUCUCAGCGCACUCACCUGUCUGCUCCUCAUCCUCUUUGACCGGGUCGCCUCGUGGGAAGGACUUUGCUCUAACAGAUGGCUCGUGGCCUGCGUGCAGUGUCGUGGCUUGAGACGAAAGGAGCCGCGGCACAGCCCAGGGGACAAUCCAUCACCCGGUGAGACUAUGGAGACUCCCACAUCUCUGAGAGGAUCAUCUGACCACAUAUUAAGUCACUACAAUGCCCUAAGCACCUCAAGAGAGACCACGCAAACCACUUCGCCUCAGCAGUUUCGUAACAGUCACGUAGGACCAGAAAGUUCUGAAGUCAACAACAGAGAGAGUAAUCACAGGUCAAGAAACGGGGGCACUACCUGGCCGGAAGUGGCUGCGGCCAUGUCGAAAAUAACGUUUUUCAUCGUCUUGCCCGUACCUGCAUUGUCUUUUAUUCUAUUGGUGAGUCUCAUAAGCUAA